CAGGGAGGUUCCUUUAACUGAGGGCCAGCUGGCCGGGCCACCGGUUUACACCCGAGCAUUACCGGCAAUUGAGGAUUCCUCCCCAGGAGGCAGCUGCCUGUUAGCAUGGCUCAAGAGUUUGUGAACAGCAAAAUCCAGCCCAGGAAGGUGGUUGUGUUCAUCAAGCCCACCUGCCCCUACUGCAGAAGGACCCAAGAGCUCCUCAGCGAACUGCCCUUCAAACAAGGGGCUUUGGAAUUUGUCGAUAUCACGGCCACCGGUGACACAAGCAAGAUUCAAGAUUACCUGGCAACGCUCACAGGAGCCAGGACGGUACCUCGGGUCUUUAUCGGUAAAGAUUGUAUAGGCGGAUGCAGUGAUCUGAUCAGUAUGUAUCAGAGUGGGGAACUACUGAAGCGGCUAAAUCAGAUUGGAGCUCUACAGUAAUUUUGGAGCAGAUCCCAGGAUGAUAUCCCGCUGAGAGCUGGAUGGCACUUCAGUGAUAACCACACUUCCUGGUGGAUGGAUCCGCGACUAAAAUCCACAGCAACUGUUUAUUUAAAAUUCUGAAAUAUAUUAACAAAAAAAGGGGGGGAUUUUUUUGGCAAAAAGAGCUUCUUCUUCUUUUGACUCAGUAUUAAAAGUGGACCAACUUGCCCCAACCUACAGGUCUGAGAAGGUUGAUGGAUAUCUUGGGUUUCUUCUCGAUUGGCCCUUUGGGUUCCAAAAGACCGUGACAAGUGAUGGCUUAGGAUUCACUCAAUGAUCCAAAAGGUCGUCUUUCUCUUUGGCACAUGUCUGUUCCUAACUGUCCCAUAUGCUAGGACACCUCUACCUCCAAGCCAGUGUUUGUCAACCAAGUUUAUCCCAGGCCCCCCAGGAUGAAUCUGUAAUUGGUUUUCUGCUACUGCCUGGAAAGUACUUUGUUGAGUUUGACUUUAUAGAAUUUGCAUUACAAAAACAAUAGGUCUUUUGAAUGUGCUUUUCCAAGCUACAUGGGUCUCCCCAGUCAUGAUCCCCAUCCCACCCCAUCUUAUCUUGAGAAUCACUGCUCGGAAUCAGUGUUCUUAACCUCGACAAGUCACAGAUUCUCCUAGGAAGUGUUCAACAAUUCCUUGAAGGGUCUUAAGGACCUAAUUUGAGAAACACCACAUGAAAACUUAAGCAUGGUUGGUCUUCACUUGAUGGCACAGAGAUCACAGCUGCUGCAAUCACGGGCACCUCUGUUAUGUAAGAUGGUCGUCCAGGUAAUCCAGAAUAAGUGUGUAUUAACUUGUUUAGAUUAUGAACAGAAGUAAAAUACAACAUUUGAAAUGUUAUCACCGAAAACUUGCAAACCCCUCCCCCAAGAAUAGGUCUGUGAAAGUGGCCAUAUUUGAGAAACACGGUCCUAAACGAUUUUUUCUCUCUCCUUUUUCCCUCCACUCUAUGAAAACUUGAGUCCCUUAUUGUAAAGUUUGUUUUAGAAUUGCGAUUUUAAGUUAAUUUUCUUUUGCAGUCUCUAGUGUGAAUGGUUAAUUGAGAGUGAUUUUUGUCUAAUUCUUUUCUAUGUUCUCAAUACCUUGAGGAAUAAUAUUAAUGUGAACUACACCAUAUUAAAACUUUAUUCAUGUUUGUCCCCUACCAUUAUAAAUAAAGGCACAUGCUAUUGUCCUUCACUGAGUACAAA